AUGUCGGACGGUAUGGCGACCAGUGAGAGGCAAUCAAAUCUCAGGUUGCUCAGGACGUCUCUGAUUCUGGACCAAGGCGACAAACGCACGACUCGCCGUGGAGACUGUUUCAGACUGUGCACUUACAACGCGAGAACAGUGCUCACAGACGCUGACCUGUAUGCCCUUCUCGGAGCUACAGAGUGUAUCAAUCUGCACGUGAUUGCUCUGCAGGAGACCAAGUGCAGAAGGAGCGACGUGCGACAGAUGAAUGACGGGAGGCUUGUCAAUAGCGCAGUGAAAGCUCCAUUGUGA